UCGUUUACCUUAGUGACUGGAGGCUGCGACUUGGAGAGGAAAGCGUGUUCCAUCAGUCCACAGCCCGCCAUGGAAGAAUUACUUGACAAGACAUUAGGAGUGAGGAUUGCUCCCGGUCUUCUCCAUUUCAUGGAUGUCUUCGUUGGAAGGACUUACCAAGCCAAUAUCUCUGUGCAAAACAUUAGUCAUGUGGCUAAAGCAAUCAAAAUACAUGGAGCAAGCGACCCCCAGUUUACACUAUAUGUACAAAAUCCAGAGAAGCCUGUAGCACCCGGGCUUCAAGUGACAGCAUCUGUGGAAUAUCGUCCCUCCAAAAAGGAAGACAUUCAUGACAAGCUACUGGUUGUGGUUGAUAAUGACGUCAUUGAGGUGCCUUUAUUAGGUUUCACCCCUUCCUGCUGUCUAGAAAUUGACCCAGAAGUAAAUUUUGGCGACCUGGUUGCAAAUAGUAAAGUGAUCUACAAGGAGAUUGCAGUUACAAACCACGGUUCUUCUCCAGGUACUUUUAAAAUAAAAUACAGUGGGCACUUUCCGAUCACUAUAUCUCCCACCAGUGGUAUAGUUGAGCCGAAAAAAAUGCAAAUAAUUAAAGUGGACCUCUGUACAGACAUCCCUUCUGUCUUUGAAGAAACUGCUAAAGUGAAAUUACAAGGUCAUGAGGAGCAGCUCUUGAAGAUAAAAGGAAAUAUAGUCAACCAGAAUUUAGAACUGCUAGACCUCUCUGGAAAACCUCUAAAAUGCCUUCACUUUGGAUCUGUCUACUUUGGAACCUCAAAAAUUCACAAAGCAGUGAUUUAUAAUGAUAGCCCUGAGACAAUAAGUUGGGUGUCGGUCUUGGAUGAUAAUGCCGUGGGUGCUGAACUGGGCACCAAUAUUCUAGAAAGCACAGAUGCUGCUCUGCAAGACAUGGACUACAGAACCAGGAUGAGUGAUAGAGAAGUCUCUAGUAUUCUUACCUGCUGCCCCAAUGAAGGAGUUCUUUUACCGUUCCAGAAAACCACCUUUACAGUCUGUUUUAGUCCCAAGCAAUUUGAUGAAGCCAUCAGAAGAAAUGAUGUUCCAUCUCAGCAGGAUUAUGCUCUGUUUAUGAGGUUUGAGCCCAUUGGAAGUAAGGAUGGAUUCCUGCAAUCAGAUGCAGACAGUAGAGGGCAUCGUAAAGGACAACAGAAAGGUCACGUGGAGUUGGCCGUUACUGGUUCUGCUUUUCCAGUCGCAUUAACAUUCAGCCCAGGAACAGUGUACAAUUUUAAGGAAUGCUUGAUUGGUGAAAGGAUCGAUAUUCAUUGCUCACUAAAAAAUGAAUCUCAGUUCCUCCCUGCGGUGUUUAGCUUUCACAAGAUUUCCCAUUUUCAUAUCUCUCCGGCUAAUGGAAAGAUAGAAGCAGGACGUUCUCAGGAAGUGAUGUUUUCAUUUGUACCACAUCAAGGAGGAACCUUUAACGUGAAACAAGUUGUAGAUAUUCUGGGUCCCACAUCGGAUGAUAAUUUGCCACCUUUGAAAAUGAAAGCCUUUCAUCAGAAAAAGCUCAGUUUUACAGCAGUCUGCAAACCUUUAACCAAGAAAAUUGUCAUGAAAAUAAACCCAGGUAUCACACCUAUGAUUAGUAACCCCACCGGACAUUUUGUCCAAGUGGCACCCCAGGAAACUGCAGUAUUCACUGGAUCCACCCGUGCAGCUACUUUGAAGGCAGACAAAGUACAAAUCCAUGACCAUCAGAACACAAGCUGUGUAGAUAAAAAUGUGAUGGUGGCAUUUCCAAAUGAUCGUGCCGCAAGUAUACGGCCCAGUGAUCGCAAUACUCAUUACAGGACUAUUUUCACCAAAGUUGAAAGAUAUAAUUACGUGGAUCCUGAUUAUGCAUAUACAGAAGAUGAAGAAAAGUUAAAGGAAGCUCACAAGGAUUAUUAUACUAAUUAUAUCAAGAACAGGAGAGAAAAUCGUCUGCAAGAAGAGAACGAUAGGGAAUUUCAAGAAGUUAGUAAUGAUUUUGAUAUUGGCAUCACCCCAGCAGCUGGGUUUCAGACACCAAGUACUUCAGUUUUUGAGCACUUUAAUAAGCAACGGCAAACUAAAUCAACUCCCAUGAAUAAGGGUCGUAUGCUGACCACUCGCCAACUUGCUGCUGAAGAGUCUACAUCCAUAACACGAGAAAUUAAUGAAGGUCUCAAUGCAUUGCCCCACACUGCAACAGAGAAGGAAGACUGCAGUCUUAUCCUGACACCUCAGCAACUUCACCACGUAGUUAUCGGUCCUUCUUCAAUAGAUUUUGGAGAAGUCUGUGUUAACUCCACAUCAGUUAAAGAAAUGAAUAUCAUCAAUAGUCUCCCCACGUACAUCUGGGUUCAGGUAGAGAUUGAUUGCGACGAGCUGCAGCAAACCAGCCCACUUUCUCAUGUUGUGCCGCCAAUGUCAAAGACGGAGAUCCCAGUAGUCUUUGAGACAAAUACAUUGGGGAAAUUUAAAAAGUCAAUUUCUUACACCGUGAAUAACAAGCACAUUGGAUGUAUCUUAGUAACUGCAAGAGCAGUUCCCAUUGCCCUUGAGCUGUCUUCUCACGAGCUGGUUCUGAAACCCAACAACGACUUCUUAGCCGAAACAGGAUUUAGAUCGUCCAUAAGAUUGUAUAAUCGCAGAAAUCAUGCUGCUGAAUUUAGCUGGAAGCCAAUCAUAACCGAAAAGGGAAUUGCUUUUUCAAUACGUCCUGCAAGAGGCAUCGUUGAUGCUUAUGAAGACCUUGAAUGUGAAGUUGUAUGGCAUCCAGGAUUCAGCUCACCAGACGUUGGGGAAUUAAAUUUGUGUGUACAGCGAAGUACACACAAGCUCAAAUGCAUUGCAGAGCUUGGAUCCACAAAUGUCCAGUUUACUGAACAAAGGAUUCUUUUCCAUCGUGCUCCGCUUGGACUAUCAACCAUUAAGACGGCGAUUAUUCAGAACACUGGAGCAAACCAUGCAUACUUUCAGGUUGUAGAUAUUAGUCCAUUGCCUGGAAUGACAAUUACUCCUUCACAAGGAGUAGUCCCUGUUGGAGGCCACGCUGCUCUCACAAUCUUCUUCACACCAAGGGCAGUCAUUAAGUUUGACACUAGAAUUGAAGUAUCAGUUCGUAACGCAAAGACUCUAGCACUGAGAAUUGGAGGAUCGGUUGUGCCACCAGAAGUAGACAUUUCUGUUAGUUCAUUCCUUUUUCCUGGUGUGUAUGUGAAUUCUACCCAAGCUAUACCAUUUAUGCUUCAGAAUAAAGGGGUGGCUCGUGCAAGAGUAGAAUUUGAUCUUUCAAAAUAUGAAGAUUUUUAUUUGACAUUCAAAGAAGAUGCAGCGGUUGAAGUUGACCCACUAUAUCCUCAGUUAUAUACUUUGGAUUUAGAAGAGAAGGAGGCUCUUGAAUGUUCUCUACAUUUCAGUCCGAAGGAAGUGGCAGCCUAUGACUUUCAGCUUCCAGUAAAUAUCAACUUCACCGGUGGAUUAUCUGACGCUGACAGCUCUGCUCCUGUCACCCCCACCCAUUCCGAAAAGCAUAUUGUUAUUCCAAGGCCUCAACUGGUGAAUGUCAUCACUCCAGCCUGUAAAGUAAAUGCUACUGUUUUACAGCAGAUCCUCCGACUCUCCACUAAUCACAUUGCAUUUGAAUUACCGUCUGGGGUGUUUGAUCUUGGCAUUGCAGAUGACACUUUAUCCUCUCAGGUAUUUGAGCUAAGCAACAUUUCAAAGAAACGAGUGUCAUGGAGGUUCAAUCUUGAUCAAACUUUGGAAACUCUGAAAAAUGGAAUCUUCAAGUUCAGUAAGCGGUCAGGUGCACUUGAUCCAGGAGAAACAAAUCGGAUUAAUGUUUAUUUUUGCCCUGAUAAACCAGGAAAUUACACCGCUGAAAUUCCAGUAAUCUUAAAUGACAACCCAGAUACUCUUUUUAUACCUCUCCAUCUAUUUGGUAGCUCCAAAAAACCAGUUAUAACCUUUGACCCUCCACUUGUUAUACUAACUCCUGUGCCUUUGGACACAGAAGUCGAAGCAGUGGUUGAUGUCAUGCCAGCUAACUAUAACAGGUCAUCCAUAUUAAAAGUGGAAAUUCCAGAGGUGGAACUUGAGAACAGUGAAAGAAAAAAGGUGUUUUCUGUAUAUUUUCCCAAUGGACAGACUAUUUCAGGCUCUAGUCAUUUGGAUGAAAAAAUUGUUUGCAAAAUAGCAUUCAAAUCCCCGACUCCAGUCUCUUGUUUGGCCGACCUGUUAUUCACAGAUGAAUAUAACAACCAGUUCCGCCUCCAGGUUGCCGCUGUUGCUGAAAACUGCAUAUUGACUGCUUACCCAUACCUAGCAUAUCAUCGCACAGAUCAAGUCAUUUUAAAAAGUGGUCAUAAUGGAAAUAACGGGAAAAAUGGUGGCAUGGCGGAAGCUGUUCUACGUCCUUGCCACAUCCCGGAAACACCCUCUCAGAGCACAUCUUCCAGUUCCCUUGGGGCUGUUACAAGUUCCACAUAUGAAGAAUCUGUCUCCGAAGAUGACAACAUGCCGGGUAAUGAAAGAACACAAACGCGGGAUGAGGAGAAUCAGUAUGAAGGAAUAAAGAGCAAGCUGGAGCUCUCCUUUUAUCCCGAAGAAGACUCUGAAGAAUGGAUGUUUUAUCGGAAAGUUCUCACUACAGUACAAACCUGGUUUAGCUUGUUUGGAUGGGCUAGUGGCUGCAAUCCCAUUACUAUUCCACAAUCUCUAUGGAGUGGUGUAUGCAAAGUCAAGUUGUCAAAGUCUGAAGGAAAGGCACCGAAAACAAUAAAUCUUGGCAAGCAGACAAAAACCAUUUAUGACAUGCUGUUCUACCUGAGUGGACAGAUGCUACCUGGAAUUACUGCAAGCCAGUCAUUGCCCUCUGAUCCCACAGAAAGAGUCCUACAGCUUCACUGGCAGCAUGCGACGCUGCUCACUUUUCUCAAAAACCAGGGAGCAUCUCUUUCUCACAUCAAACCUGAGUAUCUUUUUGAGCCUCUUGAUUAUGAAAGAUGGAUGCAAGUGCAGGUUCAGAUUCAAAAGCUUCAGCAUUUAAAUGAGAAGACUGCUGAUCAUAUGGAAAUCAAUUUGCUUCAUUUAAAUAACAGCGUAUUUCAGUCUGUGAGUAAACGUGUAUGGACUGACAUACUGUUACAGAUAUACAAGGUGUUCAUCCUUUCACGCGUUACACAGAGAAAGAAUGAUGAUGACAAUGUGAUAGAUUGCAUGCCAAAAAUCAGUUCAGAACCAUUAUCAAGCAACAUAUAUUCAACUUCAGAGAUAAUUCUUCUUACUUGGCUCAAUGUCCAUUAUGAAAAGAUGAGAAAAGUGGCAUGGAGAAAUUGUAAAAAAGGUGACAUACCACCCACGAGAUGGAUUAUGAACUUUGAUAAAGACCUUUUGGACGGCCUUGUUCUCGCUGCUCAGGUGGCAGCAUAUUGUCCAUAUCUUAUUUUAACUCACUUCAUAAGUAUGUACACCAACCCAGAGACGCCAGAGCAGUGUCUACACAAUUGUCUGAUUCUAGUCAGUGCAUUCCGGGUUGUCGGUCUUAACAUUGAUAUACAGGCCACAGACAUAUGUGAUCCAAACCCAGUGACAAUGCUGAUGUUGUGUGUAUACCUACAUGAAAACCUUCCCCUUUAUGUUCCUAAGAAGACAAUUACGUUUGAUGGGGCUCUUCACCAAACAAUUUCACGCCAGGUCCGCCUAAAAAAUCCAAGCAGCAAGCCGCUAACGUACCAGGCUACAAUUGUAGGUCGAGAGUCAGCUGAUUUCUUAUUGCCUAAAGAAAACACAAUAAAGAUUGCCCCAAAAAGCCAAGUGGAUGUGACUGUAGAGUAUAAGAGUCGCUUCUUACACCCAGCUGAAGCAACCAUGUUACUGGCAGCUAAGCCUAUCAGUGGAGCAGGCGGUACUACGUUGUCUUUCUCUCUUCAAUCAAGAUUGACUGAUUUAGCUCCAACUGUCCAGCUGAAGCAGGAAUCUCCAUGCUAUGAGUUGGAAAAGAUCUGUUUAUCCGUUGAAAGUCCUUACAAACGCCAUGGAAAAUUCAGGGUGAUUUUGUUGGAGUCUUCAAACCACUUACAGUUUCCCACUUUUCAAGAUGAAAUUACAAAACUGAAAGAUGAAAAAAGUUCCAGUAUGAACUCUACAGAUCAUGAUCUUUCUACAAUGAUUUGUGACUCAAAUAAUCAAGAUUGCAAGUCAAAUCUGCUGCGUCAGUACUUCUGCCCAGUAAACUCAAUUUUCUUGAAAAAUGGCAUGUCCACUAACUUACAAGUUAAUUUUCUUCCAUUUGAACUUGGCAAACGCUACUGUGCUAUCAUUUUCACCAAUGAAGAGAUUGGUGACUUUGUGUAUAUGAUUGAAGGAAUGGGUACUCCACCUCUGCCUUCUACGGUCACUCCUGUGAUUAGCCCAAAUGUUUUCCAAAUGAAGAAUGGAAAUACAGAUGCACAGAACAUAUGCUAUUUUAAAUGCAAGGAAAAUAGUAGACUGGAGGAAGAUCUGAAAAUUCCAUUGGUAAAUGAAAGAAGAGAGAAGGCAUUGGCACUUGCGGCUCAGAUGCAGAUGACAUUGUUAGAGUAUGAACGUAGAAAAGUUACCGGAACGUUGGAGAGCAGCAGUUUGCGAGCUGCAGUAGCUUCAUCAGGAGGAAAUUGUGAAGAGAUCAAAGCCUCACUACGAUCUUCAUCAUUCUCAUCCACUUCCAAAAAGUGCCAGACAAUUGACUAUGAUGUGGAAAUAAGCAUGGCACAGUAUUUUAAGGUCCCAAGGAAAAUCAGCAUUCCAGUCUCUACAAGAAAUCGAGUUACUGCAAAGUCAGUAUCUGUGGAAGGAGAACAGGACCAAGAUAAAGAAAAAGGAGUUUUAUUACCAGUGAAAUUUUUCCCUGAGAAACCUGGCCGCUAUACCUGCAAAAUUUUGCUACGUUCCUAUCAUGAUGUACGAGUCUAUAUGAUUGAGUGCGUUGUCAAUCCGUGCAGCACAGAAACAGAAUUGGAAUUUAUUACCCCGGCCUGUGAAGCACUGAUUCAAGAUAUUCCAAUAUGCAAUAUGACUCAACAAGACUGGAAGCUAAAAGCUAUUCUUCAAGUAGAUCGAUUCUAUGGUCCUCCAUUCUUGUAUAUCCCAGCUGGUGAAACAGCACAGUACCCACUAUUAUUUAAACCUACUGUUGAAUGCUGUAGCAUGGGUACACUAAUUCUUCAAAAUGAAACAGAUGGUACUGAACAUAUAUUUGGCCUCAGAGGUAUUGGCCAAGAACCCCUGGCUCUUGAUCAUAUCGUGAUAGAUUGCCAAGUAAGACAAAUUACACAGAAGGUCCUUAUGGUACCCAAUUAUACCAACGACAGAUUGACUUUCAAGGUGGCGUCAGACAUUCCAAUCAUUGGCGGAUCUCAAACAUUAACCAUUAAACCUGGUACAUCAUCUCCCUUUACUCUGAGUAUAUCUCCAUGGAAACGUGGAUUGUUCCAAGGUGUAAUCUCCUUUGUUGCGGGAGAUGGAGAACAGCAAUAUCAAUGUGGCAACCCACCAGUUUCUGCAGAUGGUACUGAAGCUGUUCAAAUAGAUGAUAUUCAGAUUGCUAAUGCAGGGAUAGCAGGUAGAGAAUCAGCACCUUACAAAGUUUGGUUUUCAGUGGAAAUUAACAGUAUGCCUGCACCACCAGAGAGAACGAUUGACGUCACUUGUUCUGUUUUAAAAUCUGUUGGGGUAAAUAUACCAAUUACCAAUCCCACAAUGGAUGUCCUUAAUUUCCAUGUGCUUGUGAAUGGUGAUGGAAUCACUGGAGAUGAUGUUUUCACUCUACAGCCAAGAGAAACUUUCUCCUAUGUAGCAAAGUUUUCCCCAACUAAGACUGGGAGUUGUAAUGGAAGUGUGAUUUUUCAAUGUGAAGCAUUUGGAGAAUUCUGGUACAAUUUAGUGCUGACAGCAGAGAAGCCAGAUUCUGUUACGAUUCCUGAAGUAUUCUGUGAACUGGGGAAAUGGAUGCGUCUCUCUCUUCCACUGGUGAAUUCAACACAGGAAACCUAUGAGUUAUAUGCUGUCAACAGUAACCCUGAGCACUUCUUGGUGGAAUUGGAUGGCAGUAAACCACUUUCAAUUCCACCUAAUUCCACCACUGAAGUCCCUGUUCAGUUCUGUCCGUCCUCCCUUGGGAAAGGAAGUCAAACAACAUCUAUAGCUUUUAAAAAUCCACAGCUUGAAGAAUGGACAUUCCAUUUAUCAGGAGUAGGUCUUAUUCCUCAACCUAUGGAACCAGCAAGCCUUAGCACCAAUGUUGGAAGCCUUGCCUCUAUCAACAUUUCCUUUAAGAACCCUACAAAUGAGAAUGUUCUUGUUGAUGUUAUCCUAACAGAUCAAGAACAGACCAUGCAUCGGCUUAGUGCAUCAGUUCUGCGCCAUUCCAUCAAUAAAGAGCCAGCGUUCUGUCUGCCCCUGAAGCAAACACAAGGCAUUCCCUUAUUUGCCAAGGAAAAGCUGGAUAUUCCAGUACUUUUUGCCCCAGAUACUAUGAAACUCUACGAAGCUUUGGUAGUUGUGCACAUGGUGAAAGCAGAUGGAGACAACUGGGAUCAUGGUAAUUUUGAAGAUAUAAGUACAGAACUGAAAAGCAUUUCGAAGACAGAGGAUGGAGAUAUUUCAGGUAUACGAUGGAUCUAUCCAAUUCAUGGAAUUCCAGAAGCUCAGCCAUCCAACUUUGCUCCAGCUGUGGUGAGCUGUCAAGCAAGAUGUAGGACAGAAGAGAGAGUAGAAGUAUUGCUGACUGGUGUUGCUCCUGGUCAGACUGCAAUGCCAGCAUCGAGUCAAAAUCUAAAACCUAUGGAAAGGACGAUGGCACAUGUACAAGAGGAAGUUCAAGUCAGCAAUGGUUUUAGAACUACAGAAGAAUUUUUAUAUGAAAUUAGGUAUGAAUCUGAAGAAUCAAAAUCUCAUCUGGAACCAUCUGUGGGAAUUGAACUAGUGAGAAAGGAACGUGAUACACCAUCUGGGAUUGUCACAUUAAUCUUCAACAUCAUUUUUGCACCCAAUAAGUCAAUGAGGCACUCUGCUCUACUAGUUGUACAAUGUGUAACCGGUGGAAUAUGGAAGUUCCCGAUUCACUUUGUAGCGACUGAACCAAAUGUAGAUGAUGUCAUUCAGAUUGAAGCAGUCGGACUUAACAAAGAAUCAGCUGUUGGCUUCAGAUUAACUAGUCAUACAAGGUACCCAGAGCCGUUCAGUGCAUACUUUAUACAAGGAAGUGAUCUGGAAUUCUCAGUAUCUCCACAGUCUGGAGAACUGCUUCCCCUUGGAACAGCAGGGACAUUAAUUACGGUUGGUUUUAAGCCUUCAAUGUACAGCAAGAAGCACAGAGCAACACUAGUAGUACAGUCAUCGUCUAUGCAAUGGACUUAUGAGAUCAAUGGACUUCCUCCAAAAACCACUCCACCUACAAAUGUCUCCCCGAAAAUAUGUUCCUUGGGUAUGAGAAAAUCAAUGACUUGUCAAAAACGUAACUUUUUACGCGAAAACCUGAAACUUACAACGACAGCAGUGUCUUCCCCAGUUAAGGGAGCUUCUUUAAUGUUCAGCACAAAGUAA